AUGACCGAUGCUUAUCGCCAGCAUGAACCAGAAUUCCGCGACGACAUCCUGACCCUCAAAGAUGAGUUCAGCAUUGCCAUCGCCAACGAACCUCAGACCAUACAACGGGUGCUAUUGGAUGGUCGAGCCAUGCCUGUCUGGUGGCGAUAUGCUGACGGCGAACUUGAACACGAAUUCACAGAUGAGAUCGCAGCAGUACUAGCCACGGGAGACUGGCAACACAUCCCCAUAUCUGAGGAUACUAAGCGGCAUCGCGAGCGUAUGCUGUUCACGUAUGGUUCCAAACCCGCCGUCGAGCCGUACAACGAGAUUACGACCUUGGAGUUCAUCGAGAAGCCGGAUCCGAAUCUUGUACUACCCAUCUUUCGACUAUACGACCUGACCAAGGAUUCGAUCGAUGAGUAUGGAGAUGAGAGCAAAGCGACCUACAUAGCGCUCUCCCACGUCUGGAACCAGUCCACGGACGCUGCUCUACGGAAGGCGUGUGACCGUGCUCAUGCUGUGACGGGCCAUACUCGCUUCUGGGUCGAUCGGUGGUGUAUCAAGCAGACCAGUAUCGAGGACAAAGCUUUCCACGUCCCUCGCAUGCGAGAUUACUAUAUGCAUGCAGCGGCUGUACUUGUCAUUGCCCCCGACCUGGCUGUACUGCCCGAUGCUACCAACGGUGAGGCUUUUGUGAAAGCUUGCGGCGUACACGCUGGUUCUCACGAGUCUGGACUUUCCAGGAAGCUAUGA